ACGAUUGCAAGGUGCCUGAGUAAUCUGCAUGGAUUUUGAUCAGACGCCGCUUCCAUGCAAAGCUCAUGACGUACAAAAUCAUUCCUCGUCGGAACAUUCCGUUUGGCAUAUUGGCUGGAAGGCGGUCUGGCCUCGCACGCCUAAGAGCGGAAAUUUGCCGGAGCGCUCGGAGGACUACGACGACGAUGAAGGUGCGGGCGCUGAGACGGUGCUCGGCCCAGUAGAGCGGCGACUUCCUUCCCAUGUUGGCGAGCGCGACGGGGAUCCGUGCCGAUCGCCGUGAGAUGGAGGCCGACGAGAAGAGUGCGAUGAAACAGCUCGUCGUGUCAGCUUUGGCUUAUUACGGGUUGAAGGUGUACCACGUUUUCGACGGGCUGCGAUUCAGACCGAGUUUUCAGCUGAUCGAAAUUGACCAGCGGAAGGCGGUGGAAGAAUUUGGAGCGGCCGUGCAGGCCGAUGAGAACGGGGUUUUGGACGAAUUUGCUCGAGAAUUUUGUUGGACCGAUCGUGUCGCAAUUCCCGAGUCUAGCGGGACCGAGCGGCAGCCCGAGUUCGUUCCGGAGCCUAUCUUGACCCAAUUGCCUCAAGAAAUGGCACUGCAGGGACAUUGGAUUAGCAGGAAUGCCUGGCCGCAGUUUUGGCAUGUGUUCUCCACUUUCACCAAGGACGACUUGGGGCACUACGUGGCACCACGUCAUGAACAAGGGGUGGGCCCUCGUGUAGAAGAAGCGGAGGCGAACUUUGGGCUACACCAUGAAGGAAGAGUGAAGAGAGAACAUACUCCCAUUGAGGACGAAGAAACUUGUUUACGAAACCUGGAGCAGUACAUGGCCUCUAAUUGUCCUCCUGCCAACGACGGAGCUUCUAGGAUUUAUCAACCUACCAGCGACUUUACACCAGUCCCCUAUCAGACAGAUGGGCGCCAUGAUCCUAUUCACAAACUGUCUUCGGAGGAUAACGGAACGUACUCAUGUAAACGUGCGAGAGUGCAGUUGAAUGGAGGAGAACUCGAGAAGAUUGAAAGAAUCCAUGGCCCCGUCAAGAAUGUCGAGCAUUAUAGUGGUCCAGCCCAUGAAAACGAUGGGAUCCCCACGAAGGAGGUAUCGCAGCCUCCAUGCGUCCCCAAAGUUGACGAGAUUUUUCUCAAAGAGGAGAUGCCCAUGGUUAGGCCUGUUGAUGUUGCGCCAUUAUCAUGGCGGGAGGAGCUGGCCAUCUCUAGGCCGGACCUCUAUUCAGAAUUUCUGGAGAAUUUAAACUCGAAAACCUUCAGUGAGAGAGAAAACAAUCUUCCUGUUGACUGUGGACUUGGAUCCGUCCAUUCACACCCCUUGGUUGAUGUGGAGAUGGAAGAUGUUCAGGAAGAAUCACAUCAUAUCACUGCAUAUGGUGCAGUGCAUGAACAAAGUUUCUUUGUUAAGAACAUUGAGAGGCAACGGAAAAGAGCUCGCGGCACAGAUGACAAAGCUAGUGGACGGACUAUUAUGAACGACUCGAGCUCGGGAUCAAUCGAACAAGGAAAAUUUCGGCUAAAGCGAUCGAUUCGCUCUACUAUGCUGAAUGGGAAAGAUACAUCUGCUGUAAACCGGAAACCUAAUUCUUCUGAACCUGAGAUACUAAAUUGUUCUGGAGUUCACCAGGAUGAAAGGGCAGUGUCUGAUGUAGGUUCAUGUCCUAGCUUGAACAAGGCAGCUAACAAUGGAGAUGAAUGUCAAUCUCCACGGAAGCCGAACGUAGCUUCUUGGCCGGCUCCUCUAUAUGCAAACAAUUCUGAACAUCGCUCCGAACAUAAAACUCGUGUAAAUUCGACUAUACCCAACUCGGUGAAAGAAGAGGACGAGGGAAACUGUGAACAUCAAGUAACAGGUGACGAGUACGAUAUAUGUUUAACUUGCAGAAGAAAGAAAGAGAUCUCUUUUUCCAAGUACGCAAGACUUUUCAAGGAUGACCCUGCAUGGAAGAAAAAGUUUUUGGAUGGAGAGAACUUGGUUUGCGACAUCUGCUACUCUAAAGGGUAAUUCCUUUUGGGUUACUUGGGUUCCACUCUCUGUUGCAAAAUCAAAAGCACUCAUGUGCUCUCCAGAAUUUGUCUUAAAAUGUGUGAUAUGCACCAAGUCACGUUUUCCCCAGCUUGUGAUAUACUUGAAGGAAUGACUUGAUCAUGUUGGCAGUCAAGUGAAGUCGAGGACGGGGGGCAGACGGCCAGAACUUACUCUAUUUUAGCAUCAUUUGGGAACCAUUUGUAAGCCAGGGGCCAUCUAUUGUUACCUUUGGUAGAAUUUUAGAGAGUUCUUGACGAGGUAAUUCGCAACAGUCUUAUGUUUGUAUAAAUUUGUUCAUUCUUAAGCGUCUUGGGAAUGUCACAUUCUUUCAGAAAAAAUACGAAGUUUUCAAGCAUGCCGUUAUUGCUGAGUCAUGCUCUGAAAGAGACAGAUUUCAGACCACCAGAGCAUCGAGGAUAUGCAAAAGCUAUUGACGAUCUCAUUGAGGCGAACCAGCCAGGGAAUUUGAGACCCUGCUAUAGUUUUGUUAGCACGACUUCUCCUACUAAGUGUAAAAUUGUGUGGCCACCGGUGUGUGUGUUGGAGAACACCUUCCAAGCAGGCGAUCACUGUAUAGACAUAAGAAAUCUGGAGAAAGUUAUUACGAAACGUCUAAAAGGAUUUGUAAAUAUCAACAAACACAAAGUUCAUAAAAUUUUUGCGAAAGGAGUAUUCAGAGGACAGGUUUUAGUUGAAUUCCCCCCAACAAAAAGGGGAUGGAUUGAUGCAAAUCGUUUGCAUCAACACUUUGUCUCCGCUGGAAGAUCAUUACAAGAUUGGGGUCGGAUUGGGGUUACUUCGGAAGAUUUACAAAACUCCACACCAGGAGUGCAAGAAACAAUUGGGCUCGUGAAGAUAGGUUCGAAGGGUGAGAUUUUAUCUCGAAUUUUCUUUGGGUACCUAGCUACUGCCAGGAUAAUGCAGCGGAUCGAUCGUUAUAGAAGAUGUGUACGUUGGCGAUUGGAUGAAGUUAUCGUUGAUGUUGACAAGGACGAAAGCUCUGGCUAAGAAAGGUUAUAAGUGUAAGGUGUAAGUUGUUGUAUUGUAAACUGCCCAAAUUCUUGCCAUACUGAGGUUGGAAUUAUUCGGAUUUGCUCUUUACUACCCUUUAUUUAUAUCAUCAAAUCAUGCAAAUCAGCAAAGAGACACUUGCGAAGCCUAUCGCGAUAACCAUUGGAUGCACUAUGACAGCAAAAUGGCUGAUGAGAUCUAGGGGAUAGUGAGUGUUUUGAUACAAGAUAUAUUUUGUAAGAGUAGUAUUUUAUACAUAAGGACAUUUACGUAGAUAUAAGCUUAUACUUAACAGACUAUCACGAUAACUUUCGG